AAUUAAUGUGACAUCAUCAAUAUACUGUCAUGGGUUGGUACAAAGCUAGCACUACAGAUACAUAAUAUGCUACUGAAGAGAGUUCACCCAAACACUUCAAAUUAACCACCAUGGGUUCUCUGCCAACUGAGGUAUUCAGUGUGGAGCUGCAGCAGCAUCCGCAUCAUGUUGAGGACACUACUGGUCGGGUUGAGAGAGCUCAGUGGUUGCUCAAUUCUCCUGAGCCACCGGGUCUAUGGCGGCAGCUCCUUCAUGGAAUCAAAAGCAAUGUUUUUCCUGAAGGAAAUAACUACUCUUCUAAGCAGAAAACUCCAGCUAGCCAUGCGUUUUCGUUCUUUCGGGGUCUGUUUCCGAUUCUUAGCUGGGGAAGGAAUUACAAGGCAUCAAAGUUUAAAAACGAUGUGAUGGCCGGCUUAACACUGGCUAGCCUUAGUGUUCCUCAGAGUAUUGGAUAUGCUAAUCUUGCAAAACUUGAUCCUCAAUAUGGCCUGUACACAAGCAUUGUGCCACCUCUGGUUUAUUCUCUAAUGGGGAGUUCAAGAGAGCUAGCUAUUGGGCCAGUGGCUGUGGUUUCCAUGCUGCUGGCCUCCUUGGUUCAGAAAAUAGAAGAUCCUGUGGCCAAUCCUGUUGCUUACAGAAAGCUUAUCUUCACUGUGACCUUCUUUGCUGGAAUUUUCCAAGCUGCUUUUGGAAUCUUUAGGUUGGGCUUUCUUGUGGAUUUUCUUUCACAUGCUGCCAUUGUAGGAUUCAUGGCUGGUGCAGCCAUUGUCAUUGGUCUCCAACAACUGAAGGGUCUACUUGGGAUCAAUCACUUCACCACCAACACCGAUGUGGUCUCCGUCUUGGAGUCUGUUUUCAAUUCAAUUGUUCAUGAACCAUGGUACCCUCUGAAUAUUGUCUUGGGUUGUUCAUUCUUGAUAUUCCUGCUACUUACCAGGUUUAUUGGCAAGAGAAACAAAAAGCUCUUCUGGUUGCCAGCUAUAGCCCCCCUUAUAUCAGUUCUAUUAUCUACUUUGAUAGUGUUUUUGACAAAAGCUGAUAAGCAUGGAGUGAAAAUAGUAAAACACAUCAAAGGGGGUCUAAAUCCAAGUUCAGCUCAUCAGUUACAACUCGGUGGCCCACAUGUUGGACAAGCAGCCAAAGCAGGACUUAUUUCUGCUGUUAUUGCUCUUGCUGAGGCCAUUGCUGUCGGUCGAUCUUUCGCUUCCAUCAAAGGGUACCAUCUUGAUGGGAACAAGGAAAUGAUAGCCAUGGGAUGCAUGAACAUUGCUGGAUCUUUAACUUCUUGCUAUGUGUCAACUGGUUCAUUUUCAAGAACAGCUGUAAAUUUUAGUGCAGGGUGUGAAACAGUGGUAUCAAAUAUAGUUAUGGCCCUCACUGUAAUUUUAUCAGUGGAAUUGCUUACUAGGCUCUUGUACUUCACUCCCAUUGCCAUCCUUGCUUCAAUCAUCCUAUCAGCUCUUCCUGGACUUGUUGAUAUAACUGGAGCUUACCACAUUUGGAAGGUUGACAAAUUAGACUUCCUUGCUUGCAUUGGUGCAUUCUUUGGGGUCUUGUUUGCAUCAGCAGAGAUUGGUCUUCUUGUUGCGGUCAGCAUCUCCUUUGCAAAGAUAUUGGUGAAUUCACUUAGACCUGGCAUAGAAGUUCUAGGGAGACUUCCAAGAACAGACAUCUUUUGUAACAUCAAUCAGUACCCUAUGGCCACAAAAACUCCAAGCAUCUUGAUAAUUGGCAUCAACUCUUCUCUGCUUUGUUUUGCUAAUGCUAACUCUGUGAGAGAAAGGGUAAUGACGUCGGUGAUGAAAGAAGAGAAUGAGACUGAAGAUCAGAAAGAAAAGGGAAGAAUUCAACAUGUAAUCCUUGACAUGUCUAAUGUGAUAAAUGUCGACACUUCGGGAAUUCUUGCACUAGAAGAAAUACACAAGAAGUUGUUUUCGUAUGGCAUAGAAUUAGCUAUGGCCAACCCAAGAUGGCAAGUGAUUCACAGGCUAAAGGUGGCCAAAUUGUUAGAUAGAAUUGGAGGGGAGAGGGUUUUCCUCACUGUUGGUGAAGCUGUAGAUGCAUGCCUCAAUUCCAAAGUGGCAGGUGGGAGCAGCUGUUGAUGGUUUGAGUGGCCUUAUUGGAUAUUAAUUACAUAAAAAACCAUGACUAAACCCUUAAAAUAUGCAUAGCCUUAUGUGCUGUGACUGUAAAGUAGGGAAUUAAGUAAAGAGAUGUUUGAAUA